GGCUGCGCCGCGGCCAUGGAGGAGUUCCGCCGGGCCUACGCGCGGCUGUGCGUGGCGCCGCAGGAGCCCGUGCUGCGGCGGCUGCGGGAGCGCUGCGCGGCCUCGGGACGCGGCCGCCUGGAUUUGGCGGCCCAGAGCCUGUCGCUGGAGACGUGCGGCGCCCUGGGCCGGCUGCUGCCCGGCGCCGCGCCCUUCACCGAGGUGGCGCUCGGCGACUGCGGCCUCAGCGAGGAAGGUGUAACGCUUCUGUUGCGUGGUCUUUGCUCCAACACCACGGUCAAACUGUUGGACUUGAAGGGAAAUAACCUGCGAACCAUGGGAGCCGAGGCUUUGGGAAAACUUCUUAGGCAGAACAAAUCCAUCAGGAGCCUAAUUUUGGAGUGGAACAGCCUUGGCAUAGGGGAGGAGGGCUUCUCAUGUUUCUGCCAGGGACUGGGAGCAAACGGCUUUCUCCAGCGGCUGGAUCUGCGCAGUAACCAGAUCAACCAUCAGGGUGCUGGAGAACUGGCCAUGGCACUGAAACAAAAUGCCAGCCUUCAGGAGCUGGAUUUGCGUUGGAAUAAUAUUGGGCUUCUGGGUGGCCGAGCUUUGCUGAACUGCCUGCACACCAAUAAGACCCUGAAGAGGUUGGAACUGGCUGGGAACAAUGUUCCUAGUGAUAUCCUAAAAGCUGUGGAACAAGCCAUGAAUCACAACCAAGACCGUCAGACUAUCCUGAGUGAGACACAGAACCGAGCAUCCAUACUCAGCAAGGAGGUUUUGAGUCUGAAGGAUGAGAAGACCAAGCAGUUCUUGGAUUUGAUGGACACUAUAGAUAAGCAGAGAGAAGAAAUAGCCAGGAGUGACAGGAUGUCUGCAGCACAAGUCAGCCAGCUGCAGGAAGCAUUGAAUGAGCAGCACUCUAUUAUGAAUUCACUGAAAGCCAAACUGCAGAUGACUGAAGCUGCCCUGGCUCUGUCUGAGCAGAAGGUGCACAACUUGGGAGAGCUACUGAGUGCUAUGAGGCAGGAACAAACCAGCAUGGCUGAGUGCCACUUGAAGGAGCUCCAGCAGCAAAAACAGGAAGGUGCUGAUCGGGAAGCGAAGCUUUUUCGUGACUUGUCUGCAGCUGGAGAGAAAAAUCUGCUUCUAAGAAACCAGGUGGAUGAGUUGGAAAAGAAGUGCAAAAUUCAGCAGGAUCAGCUAUUCCAGGUGAAACAAGACUUGACCAACACAACAGCAGAGCUGAAGCUGCGGACCAUGCAGGCUGAGGAACACCUGGAGACAGAGAAGAGAAGAUUUAAACAAAGCCUUGAAGACAUGGAGUCCCUUCGGGUGAAAGAGGUGAAUCAUUUGACACAGCACAUGGAGGCCAGUGAACAUUCCAUGCAGGAGAGGAUCCAGAAGCUGGAAGCCAUCAGGAUAGCUCUGGAGGAGGAGCUGAGCCAGACCAAAGCAGCUGCACUCACUGAGCGAGGCCAGGCAGAGGAGGAGUUAAUAAAAGUCCGGAACUGGGCACGGUUGGAGGAGCAGCAACGACUAGAACACCUGGAAGAGAAGCUGCGGCUGAUGACUGAGUCACGGGAUGAAGCUCAGAACUGCUGCCUUAAGCAAAAACAGAUGGUUGCUGAGGCCCAAGCCAAAGCCAGUCAGUUGAGCCUGCAUGCUGAUGGGCUCAGAAGGCGGCUAGAAGAGCUUCAGCAGAACUUGAACAGUAAGGAAGAAGAGAAAGUGACAGAGGUGAAUAAGGUGAAAGUGGAAUUACAGGAGCAGAUUGGACACCUGCAGGCUGAACGCACAGCACAGGAUGGGCUGAGAGAGAAGAUUGCAGCCCUGGAGAGACAGCUGAAAGCCCUAUCAAGUAGUCACCGUGAGGCAAUGCUGGACAAAGAAAGUGAAAUCUCUGUGCUCCUGGAGAAGCUGAGAAUGAAAGAGGCUGACAUCUCCAGGAUGAGGGAAGAAGAGGCCCAAAGAGCAAGUUUCUUACAGAAUGCCAUCAUGGCAUAUGUGCAGGGCUCCCCCUUGGGAACCCACAGUUCUAGGAAAUGAGAGCAUUGCUUAA